ACCAAAAAAUACUUUUUGGUAACGGUGAUGAUACAUGUUUGGCGACGAUAUUGCCAACAUUAUUCGAUUCGAGCCAAAGACGUUGUCGGUGUAAAUUGGAAUUAAUAAUGAAGUUGUUGUCGGGGAAAGUGGACGAUUUUUUUCAGCGACGCGUUUCGCUGGGUGUUCUGUUCACCGAGACAACCGAUUGUUUCGAUCGAUCGUUCGUUCGUCGAUCGAUUGUUUUUGACUGGUCUUGAGAAGAAGUCUUUGGCAAUUUUUGACACGUUGGCGUCGGUCCUGCGCACGUGUAUAUAUGGGAUUAUCAUAGAACGGUUAAUGCGCGAGGAAAUAAAAAGAAACAGACGUGGCUUUUGUCGAAUAUGUACGAAUAAACGUUAAAAGAAAACGCGAGAGAGAUUUUGUGUCCGGUUUGGGUUUGUACUUAGACUCGAUCGCCUUUCUUUAUUAUUUCUUGUGUCGCGAAUGUUCUCGCGUUUUUUGAAACACUAUACAUACAGAGACGUUUUACACGCCGCACGCGCACGCGUGCUCACACACACACACACACACACACACACACACACACACACACACACACACACACACAAUCUAAACACUUACAUAUAUAUACAUAAAGUACAUUAUGGUAACACAACACGGUACCAUUAAAGUCAGGCGGUUGUAUUGUACUUUAUUUUUAUUCACGCUAUCGCGUGAUCGCGGAUUAACCCAAGUCGGGAGUAUCGCACUUCGGUGUUCUGAAACUUAUCGGACAAGUUCCCGAUCGGUCGUCUUUUUCUAAUCUUUUAUUUGUAUACUCUUUCUACUACUACACACUCAUUGUAUGAUAGAAGAAAAGAAAAAAACAUUGCGGACAUAUUUAGACCCAGCGUACGGGUUUUCUGUACAUUAUGUAUAUGUGUACAUACCACGUUAUUAAUAAAACUUAUGGAUUAAAGGAGUAACCAGUUUUAAAUGUACAAAAGAAGGAAAACUUACAUUCGUUUUGCGUGUUAUUCUAUUAAAUUAUUUUUCUUUUUUGUUUCUCUUUUUCUUUCUUCUCGAAUCAUUUGUAAGGAAACAAGAACCGUACGUUCAAACCAUUGUAGGACGUUCGAGCGCAUUUCGUUCGAUUUUCCUCGUCAUUUUCUCUUUUCCUUUUCGUUCUUUCUCGUUUUUGCGAAAAAACAAGAUCGCCAAUUCUCUUUGUAAGACUCGUCUGGUGGUAUCCGAAAUAAGAAAACACACGAGAGAGGAGGGACACGUCGUUCUUAUCCAGUCAUUCAUUAAAAGAAAAACAAAAAAAACACAAAAAAAAGAAAAACGAAAAAAACCAAAAAAAAAAAAAGACGAAUCGGUAUCCGAUUGUGUAACGUCCACUUUCGCCUUUAGUUAAUCGCUAGACUUUAAGUGAGAGGGCCUUUUGGUUUUUCAUUUUGCCAAUGAAAAAGGUGAUGCCCGUCAAAUAGGAACCAUACACUCGCUAUUGUCUCUAAAAACGUAAAAAAAGAAUAAAAAAAAAAAGCGAAAAAAGUAAAUAAAUAAGUAACGAGAAGCAAAGAAAGCGAAGAAAGUGGAAUGGAAAGAAACGAAACGAGAAACUGAAAGAUAUAUAAUGCAAGCAUACGUUGUUCCCUUGUUCGAGGAACCUCUCGCGACUUUUGUCCGCUCGAAGCGAGACGGUCCCUCGGACGCGAACACAUACGGCUCCUUUUUGUAUAUAUUUGUACAAAACGGAUUUGGCACAAUAAGCGAAGAACGGAGCGGCGAAAUCGCGCGAAAUCGGAAACAAUCGUGCGCUCGCGUGGCUCAAGUUCUAUCCAGAGACCGAUGCACGCUUCGUACUCUGUUGUUGGGACUCUGAUUUCCCGCAGGACUUGAGCAACACAAUCGUUUCUGUUGGUCAACGACGCUCUUUUUUUCGAAUUACAUGUUGCUUCGACGCGGUGAUCGCGAUCGAGGCAGCUAAGUGUAGAGGCUAUCUGCGUUAGCGUAAGCGAAUUUAUUGUACCGGAGUGCAAAAUUGACAAGAGAGUGCGAAAGGAUGAGUGACGACGAGAUACCGCGGAAAUGAGCAAAAGAUGGAUCGAUCCUUUUGCUACGAUAUACCUUUGGAACUUUAAUGUAUUGACAAUUUUUUGGUAUACAGAUCCGAGCAACUUUCGUCGACUCUCUGUAGCGUAUUGGAUCGUCCUUUGUAUCGAACUAACUUCUUUUUAUAUUAUUCUUGGCUUUGCGCAAAUUUGGAGUAAUUCUAAAGUACUCGUCGACGUCUGUCACCAUAAAAUACUGUAAGUUGUUGCGAUGGUGUUUUCGACAAACUAAUUACACGUUGAGAAAUGAAAAUAAAUACGACGUUUAGGAGUAGGACUAUGGGAGUUUAGUAGCCGUAAAAGUAUAAGAGAAAGUAGAAACGAUUCUGUACCGUAGAGGAUUUCUGUAUACGCUUUCGGCAAAUUAUAAUUCGAUGGUUGAAAGGCUUAUCGUAGCGAAAGGUUUAAGAGAAAAAUGGAAGAAAGACUACUAUAGGAGCGGAGAAUGCGAGCGAACGAGAAGGGAGGAGCCGAAAUUGAAAAGAGCACAAUUGAUCGUAGCAAUACUUACAGAGGCUGUACAUGAUAUUUUUUAGUCCGAGGCAGGUAGUUCCUACCUUCGAUAUCAAAGUUGAUCGAAGCGUUCGUUCGAAAAAGAAAAAAAAAAACCAAGGGUUUGUUAUACGAUGUACCCCGAUUUUUGCAAAAAUGAGAAAAUGUUCAUAGAAAACGAAAGAGGAUAACUGGCAAAAAAAAAAAAAAGUAAAAAAGAAAAAAAAAGAGAAGGCUCGCUAUAAAAGAAAAGACACAGUUGUUCACGCAGAUACGACCUCCUGUUGUUGUUGUUGUAUUCCGUUCGUUUCUCCUCGUAUUCCGCGAUUUUGCGAACCGUCUUUUACUCUCUCUUUCUGUCCGAGCGAUGUAAUAUUUUUUUCCACGUCACAUUUGGCGGACUGAAAAUUACGGUGAUGCGAAGAACGAUUACCGAUCGCGAUAAUCUUACGAAGAUAUAUCGUGUACGUAUUUUGUUCGUAAAAGAUCAUUUUGAACAGUUUCGAUAUUUCUAUAAUAUAACCUAUAAGUUAAAAUUUGUAAUUUCUUGAUUGAAAACGUUAAACGAGAGAAAUGAAACGAGCGGUUUUGUUAAGAGAAUUUAAGGCAGACAAGCAACUAGAAUUUAGACAAUUUUCACUUACAUCGCUAUAACUCUCAGCCCGCUAUUUGUAGAAAAAUCGAUUUGUUACGAGUUAACCCGAGAGAGCCUUUAUCCUCUCGACGCAUCGAUACGAUAAGUAUCAUUGGUCGUCGAAAUCGAUCGUCGAAGCGGCGAUCGUUUGCUCUUUUUGCUGUCCGUUUUGCUGUCUUUCGCAUUGUUCGCGCGCGAUCGUUUUUCUCAAACGCUUGCUCAACUUCCGAUUACUAUUUUUGGACGACGUUUUGCGGAACAAACGAAGAAUAUCGGUUGAAAAUAAUCGACGUACGAAUCCGUUUAUUGUUCCCUCAGGCAGUGUGUGUGUAUGCGUUGAUCUUUAAGCGAAUAUAGCAAAGGUUUAACCUUACUUUUCUCCUCUUCUUUUUCUUCCUUUUUUUUUUUUUUUCUUUUUGUUAAUUUCUAUUUUAUACCGUGUCAGUCGGCCACACGAGCGAAAUUGGAAAUGCACAAAGGAAACGAUCGUUUCGUUGCAGCAACAAUAAUAUUAAUAAUGACUGUUUACGCUAAUCUUGGAUAAUUAUAUAGAGUUUAGAAAUCCGCCCCUUUUGCCUGUCGCAUUUUGCAUUCGUCCAAUUUCAUUGUCGACGACCAAAAAGAAAAGCCAGCAACUUUCUCGUCAGACGUCGUUUUUCCCCAUUUUUCCUUUCUUAUUCCGAGCGAAACCAAGAUGCAUGAAGAACGCGCAAUCUUCGUUCCAGAGACGAAUCAAAGAAAGAAAAAUAAUGUAUUAUAUAUAUAUUGUACGAAUCAUUACGAGCAGAGUGUGUUUUUCUCACAGCUGUACCUUGUUCGUUCCGUUUUUCAUUUCUUUCCUUUUUUUCUGUUUUUUUUUUUGUUUUUUUUAUUCUUUUUUCUAUCGAUUAUUCUCUCUCUCUCAUGAUAGCUACACAGCAGAAGUACACAGGAAAGCGGAAGUAACGAAAUAAUACGUCGAAUAGCAAUUGCAGUAGUGGAUAAUGAAAUUUUCUAGUAUACCAUACCUCGAGAAACGCGUAAACACUAUACUGUUUAUCGUAUGUAUGCAACAUGCAAAAGCAAAAUAUAUGUGUUGAUGUGUAACAAUUGUGCGUCCUCUUUCCUACCAUUCUCUCCAAUUGUUUCUCAUCUAUUGCAUGUAAGCAAGCACUUACAGCUACAGUUUCCUUUCUAAAGCGAGUUUCUAAAGUUUCGCUUCUCCUCUCUAGAAGCAUUCGAUAAAUCAAAUUGUUCCUCCCUUACGAUAUAUCGGAAUUCUUUUUUCUUUUCUUUCUUUUGCCCGUAAUUCGACAUAGUUACGUAAUCUACGACGUUGCCAUACUCGUCUUUUUUCUCGUUUUUCUAAUGGAAAAAGUAUUCCAAUUGGAUAAGGUUAACGAUAUUACGUACACCGUAUAGGCGUUCGAUAUUUUUCCCGCGCAGUACGCUUGCUGCCGGCCGGAAGCGAUGGAAUCAUAAGUUCCGGUACGGAGCGAACGGCCUCUGCGCAAAAUUGACGCGGUAUCGAGCGUAUUGAUCCGGUCGACACAGCCAAAGUGCAUGCAACGUUGUAGCCCGGUCACAGAGAACAGUCGGCGGGGCCCUCCGCAGGCUUCGCAGGCAGGCAACGUUUCCUGAACUUUGAAAAUCAAUGCCAAUGUUCAGCUGGUACGAUAGCUGGGCCAAAGAGAGAGAAAGAGCCUGCCUGUCCGUAUGGGAGGAACGUAGACAGGAAGAAAACGGCAAAAGCAGCAUAUUGAUCUGCCUUUAGCAGACGACUCGAAUGCCAGCCACGCUUCACUGUCUGCGCAACCACAGAGACUCCGUAUGCCUUAAAGCGGAUAGACAUCGCGUGGUUUAGCGUGGUUAAUGCGUUCAACCGCUGAUCGAAUUUUCAUUUAUCUAUGCCAUGUAUUCGGCGAGGAAUUUUCAUAGGGAAUUUUCAUCCUUAUAACGCAAUACGCGAAUCGGUUUGACGAAAAGUAUCGGUGUAUAUAGAUGGAAACGACGAAUCGAAGGAUUCUUUCGUAUUUCUGUCAAAGAGAAGAAAUUUUACGCCCGACGACAUAGGAAGAUACAGCGUGCAGCAAAAUUAACGCACGUAUUUACAACGAUUACAGAUUAUAACUGUUACGAUGUAUCCAUAAUCGUAUUAUAACGAUCGUGUUAUAUUCGCAAAGAGACAAGUUACCGUAUAGCUUCCAUUUCCUUAGUUCUUUUCAUGAAAGUAUAAAAUUAGAAGUCUGCAGUCCACUUACGAGUAAUAGUAGUAACGUACAUGCCUUGUAAACGAGACUGAUAAUUAACGAAGUAGGUAGCGUAGUUGGCUACCACUUACGGUGAAGCGAGUUCAAAUCUCCUAAGGCAAGAAAGGAAAAGGCCCCUCCCGUUGUACAACGGACAAUGCUACAAAUUAUGGUGUUUUAUCGUUGUUGUAUAUUCGUCGAAGACCACACACAAAAAAAGAGAGAUCAUCGACGUUACGUAAUGCUGGACUAUAGCGGUUCUGACAGUUUGCAAACCGUUCAAAUAAAAGAUUAACUUAACCACACACAAUACGAGACAAUAUACGCAUAGAAACAAUAUAGGAUUUUUCCAAACGUAAAAAAGAGGAGUUGGGUGAAAAAACCCGAAAGAAAAAUUAUAAAAAUUAUUUUUGUAAUUUUGAAAAUUAAAGCGCGUCUUGAUCAUUCUUUGCCAAAGCCGAAGACAACGCGUCUGUGAUUUUGAACGCUUCGGGAACGUUUUGUUUAAAUUCCAUAUAAUUUUUAAAAGAUCUGACAAAUUUUAUUACUUUUGUAAAAUUAUUCUCGGACUAGGCUGGUUCAGUCUUGUUUUGGCCUGAGCGACAGCGAAUAUUUUUCUUACGUAGUGUUUAAAUAAAAGUAACUUUUACUUUAUACGAAGUCACGUACACUGAAAAUAACGAGAACCGUCGUCCGGCUGCCAAAGAACAAUAACGCACGAUCAAUAAUUACUGCCGAAGAUUGCCUGUACAAGGUAUCUUCCUUUGGGUAAACGAAACUUUAUAAGCCAAUUUCUGGUAAUUUAUUUUAAUAGGAUCUUUAGAGUGUUCGUAUAAAUCCAGCUCGAUUAGGGUGGAUCCUAGACCACGUGUCCUUUAUAGUAAAAGCACAGACCCCUUAUACGUGGCAUGACAACUUUUAUUACGCUGGAAGCAGCAAUUUGUAACACUGUGGCAGUAUAGUACACGAAAGUAACGAUAUUGCUUAGUAAGAAUUAACUUAGAAGGUUAACGAUCGUUAGCGAUCAUUAUUGUUUCGUAACGUUAUCAUUAUCGUAACGACCAUUGCCGAUGAAGAAAAUAGCUGUCGAAUAGUGAGCGUUUGUCGUAUCGAAUUAACGGUCGAUAUAACAAACUAUUUUUUAAAAACGAGGAACGAAAAGUGUAUGUUCUUCGACGUGAAUUAUCGACGAAAAUUUCCUAGUUACGAAAGACAGGCUUCAUCUGGAAGCCAAUGUUUGUAAACGGAUGCCAAAAGUAACAAAUAAAUAGAGAAUUUACUUUCCAUCCAACCUCUUUCUUCCUUACCACACAUUGCUUAUCAACUCCAAUAAUCUAUAAAAAAUUUUCUACAAAAAUUUCUUGUACGACAAACAAUGUUCUUUAAAUGUAAUGGCCCCUUAGGGAUGAAACUCAAAAUUACACGAUAUUUUUAGCUUUCAUCGACGAGAGAACGAUCAGGACACGCUGUAAUUUUCAAGAUCGAAGAAGUAAUUUUACUCGUUUAUUUCAGUCUUCUUAUUCCACUUCUUUUUUACCCGAAAACCAUGCGUCGCUUUUUGUUACAGUCGAUAACGUAGGAAAUGAUAAACCAUUUGAACGUUUAAGGGCUCGGAGGCAGGUUCUCUCGGUUAUUCGAUGGAGCUCAAAUUUUGCACAAAUUAUCUCUUUGUUAAUCGCAAACAUCCCGAGCGAUGGCGCGAAAGAAACCUUGAGCAAACUCUUGUCAUCGAGUCUGAAUAAUAAGAGUCAUCGUAAUACGCGGCGAAUGCGUUGAUUUUUCACGUUCGUGCGUAUACCGUAAUACUGAGAAAACACGCAACAUCGAAAAAAUAACCAACGAUUUCUUCCACCGCGAACGUGCUCGUGCCUUAUAUUAUUCCUCCGUAAUCGAAUCUUUCAUUCGCCAUUACGUGUCUUAUCCGACGAAGAAAUUCGGACAGGUUUGGUGAAAGGCGUAGUUUCGAAACGUACGAAGCAUCGUUUUUUUCAUACGCAUUUUUCGAUAUUUUCGUACAAGCUGAGAUCUCGAUCCAUUAAAGUCCUAUUAAAACUUUUACGAUUACGCUUAUGGUAGAAGCGUAUCCCUUGGUACUUUAUAAAAUAUCUUCCUUCCAAGCUGCUAUCGAGAGUGAUCCGCCAUUUACUCGAAUUGCGAAAAUAGGAGGAAGCCUGACGUUUUAGAGUACUUGGACCUUUGCACGGAUCCACCUCUUCGUUUGCCCGCCUCUUCUUGCCACUCGAGAAUGCAGUCACAGUCGGCGUGCGAUUGUUAUUGCAAAACUCGCGUGCCGAUAGCGCGACAAAGAGAGGAAAUUCAAUACGCAAGAAGCGGCAUCAGAGGGUCGAGAAGCUCUGUUCGUCGAACAGAAACGGCGAGAAGCGCGAGGAAAGUUACAUUAACAGCGGCGAAAGCGGUCAACGACGAACAGCUCGAUAGCAAGAGAUCCAGCGCAACUGUUUCGGAUUCGCCGGUGCUUAGUCCGGAAACAACGGCCAUUCUCGAGAACGUAGAAAAGUUGAUGAAGGACGCGCAGAUCCAAAUGAAGGAGAUAAGUUUGUCCGCUACGUGCGGUCGCCUUCAAAAAUGCACAGACGUACAUCCGGACGAGGCGGCGUUCGACGACGAGAACGAUCAACUCUUGUACAUCCGUGAGCGAGUGGCCUACAAGUUUCAAGAAGCGAACGGCUGGAUCGACGAGGGAUCCAGCGAUCGUCGACCUGGUCGUGAGCAACGCGACGCGAUCAAAGCCAAGAGGACGGUCGAUCUAACGGCGCCUAAGUUUCAAACUUCCGACGAUCGUUACGAGGAAUUCUCGCGACGAAGGAAGCGGUACGUUCAAAGAUUCGGACUUUCCUCUUCGUGUCCCGCGCCCGAGGACGACGAGCGCAGAGACGAACAUCGUAUUACGCCAGAGGACACGCGGAGAGACGACAAGAGGGCGAACGCGUUCUCGGUGCGGAUGGGUCCUUCGGUGAAUAUCAAGGGAGACCUGGUCACCCAAAGCUUGGCAAGCAUUCGCAUCUCACCGGAUCCGUCGUUCGUGCAAGAAAGUCGCAACGUCGCCACUUACGUGGUUCGUCGUGACUUUCGCGGCAAGGACGGCUGUCCGAGAAAGAGGGAGAAAGUCGUAAGAAUAGCGGAGGAUGGCGAAAGUAGGACGAAGGGGAAAUCGAAGAGGGCGAGUUGGAAAGACCGCGUGGAGAGUGGCGAUGGAUCGGACGCGGCGCGCGUUCCUGGGAAAUCGGAAACAGUUGCGGCAGAGGGAUCCUGCGAUGGUUUGGCGAAGGACGAAAAACUGGACGAUAAACUGGACGAAAAAUUGGACGAAAAAUUGGACGAAAAAUUGGGCGAUGUGCGCGAAACGACAACGAAGGAUCUCGAGAGCGAGGGGAACCUGGAGUCGACGGAUCGCGACGACGAGGUCGCGUUGAAGGAGGAUUUCAGAGAAACGAUCGGGGACAAUUCGAACGACGAAUCCGAGAGUGAAAUUAUCGAGGAAGGGACGGACGAUUCGGCGAUGAAGAUAUCGGCAAGGGGCAACCAGAGGCAAGUGAGAUUCGACGAGCGAGUCUCGGAGAGGAAGGAAUCCCCUGGAGAGGAAAUAGUCGAGGACGGGAGUCCACCGCGAGCGAAGAAUCGCGAAAGUCUCGUCGAGUCGCAAAAUACGGAAGAAGCGGAUGCAAUUUGUGAGGAGAAUUCGAAAACACCGUCGACGUUCGUCGAACGUUUGGAAAGCCGACGAGCUUCGAACGAUCAAUCCGAACGACUCAAAGCCUCUUCGAGGAAACUUCGAACAAACGACGAGCAGGUUCCGUUAUCGAGCAAGGAGGUGGAAGAAACGCGCAAGACCGAUAAAAGAAGACGCAAGGAGGUUUGCGAGAAGCGAAGAACGGAGGAGGAUGAGCGCUAUAAGGCGAUAGAUAAACGUUUCGCAGACAUCGUUCAAACAUAUUGCGACAGAGACGAGAAACAAGCGGGGAAUUACGCGGAGGACAACGUUUCGUCGUCGAGCGCGAUCUUUACGGAAGAUAGCGAGGAAUCGGACGAUCUUUGCAAUUUGUACGAACCUUCCGUGGACGAGCUGGACCAGGUGUUGCUUUCGUACGAUAAGAUAAUCGAGAGCGUCGUUCGAUCGACGAAAACGAUAGACAGGUUUCUUUCGCGACCGGAGCUCGACGAAUAUCGCGCGCAAGAUACGACGAGAGGAAAAACCGACGGGAAAUACACCGUUGAUACGGCUGCGAUAAACAGCGCGAAGAUCGCAACGGUGGAAACCGAUGGAGCGGGAAAUUUAUCGAAACAAAUUACGGCUGAUGUGGCUGAUCGGUUUCACGCGCGCCCUAAACGCAACGCGCUAUCGAAAAUAAAGAAGAACUCGACGAUUAGGUCGGGGAAAUCUGCAAAGCGGAAUGCAGCGAUUGAAUUGGAAAAUUGGGAAUUCGAUCGGAGUGCAGAGAUGCAGGUGGAAGAACGUCGAGAUCGGACGAAAUCGACGAUCGAAGAUAAACGAUUGCUAACGAGGAAUAAAGGGAACGCGAACGAAGAACGCCAGCUUGAUAGGAUCGAACGAACGAAAGCUACAACGUGUUUAAAGUCGCCUGUAUCGAAGAGAAACGAGGAUGGUUCGAGGAGAAGGUGUAUCGCGCCGAAAGUCUCGGACAAAUUUACGGCGCGAAUUUUCGCAACGAACUCGAGGACGAAGGAUGGAACGUCUCCUCGGAGGAGGAGAACGUCGAACGAAGAAACCACCGGCUCGAGCGAAGAUAACAGCAGGAAUUACGAAACGACGACAAACGGUACCAACGAGGCGAGAGACAUUUUUCCUCGUAAAACGCGUUUAUUUCGAAUCGUGAACGAUAGCUCGAGCUUGACCGCCUCUUCGAUCUGGCCGCAGUCUUCGAGCACGGAUACGAAGAGCGCGAACGAUACGAAGAUGUCGCAAGAGACGUGCAGGUCACCGACGAUGAAAGACGAGUCUCGCGACGAGAGGGCCACGAUUCUCAGGAUAAACGCGCUGGAAUCGAAGGACGGAGAGGUUCAGAGAGGUAAUUUCGACGACACGACGUUGCGCAAUAUCGUUCGUCCCGCUGUCUUAAAGGAUGUUGCAGCGGAAGAGAAGAUAGAGGCAAACUUGAUGGCGCUCGCUCUUCGAGAAGAAACACGCUUCGUAGAAGAUAAAAUAAAGAGCAUGCUGAAGGUAAACGAGAUAGUGCCUCUGAUGGCGAGGAGCUUGUUGCAGAGUUUGAAGAACGACGAGGCCGGUCGUGGAAACUCGCGGUCGCUAGUUUCCGGCAAAUCGUCGAUGUACAACGCGGUUUCGAACGACGUUCGUACGGUCGAAGCGACGAAAUCGGAUGACGAGUCUGAGAAACGAGAUUCGCAAGUGGAACACGCGCCGCUUGAAGCCAAUACGAACGAAGAAAUUAUCGAAAAAGAUAUUUCGAUAAAGGAUAAAUCCGAACGCGACGACGCUGUUCUUAACGAGUCGAUUCCUAACACCGAGGACCGAUCGUCUUUAAAACGUAACGUUGAUGUAUCGAGAAACGAACAUUCUGCAGAUAAAAUAGACGGCGAUAUCGGGUUGGCGGAAGACGUUAAAAUAAGCGGAGGAAUUGAUAAUACGAAAAAAGAUCCUGAAAAGAAUGACGAGAAUAGUAUCUCGAAGAACGAUGCGAAUUUGCGGAUAGAAGUAAGCGAGAAAGAAAAUAAAACCUCUACGAGAACUGCGUCUAAUAUUAUUCGCGAGCCAAUCGAGAGCAAAGAAUGCCACGUUGCUGAAACUUUAAGGAAUAAUCUGCUGCGGGAUAUCGAUGAAAGAAUGAAUUUACACGACAAUGAGGCAGCUGUGAAGGAUAUUAACGAAACCUGGCUGAAAACAAACGAUGACAAAGAUGCGAAGCGUGACGAUCUCGAAACUUGGAACAAAAGAUCAGUAUCUUCGAACGAUGCGGUUGGUGAAUUGAAAGAAGAGAAAUCUGUAGAAUUAUGUUUGCAGAAAAAUUCAGGCAAAAACGAACAGCUUGAUAAUAAUAUUUCGCAGGGUUUAUCGUCUGAUUCUUUGCGCGAUUGCGCGUCUCUUCGAUCUUCCUCGAGGAACCUUUCGAAAACUUCAUCGAACAAUACGAAACUUUCACAGGAAGCGAAUAAAUUCGAGCAGAUGGAAACGAGCAACGCGAUUGCUGAUAAAAUAAGCGAUAUAAAUAACACGCAUUUCGAUAGCUUAUUCGAGAAAAAGAACAUUUUAUCCGAUGUGUAUGACGGAAUGGACAAAAAGUUCUUCUCUUCUACGUGUCUUGAUGGCAAUAUCAAUUAUUCAAGUUUGCUCGAUCAACGGCAGAGGCUUUCUAAUGGCACGUCUACGAUAUCAACGAUAGAAUCGAACAAGAUGGAAAUUUCGGAUACUUCACGCUCCGAAGGGGAACUAUACAUGCCAAGUUCCGGUUCAUAUUCUCUCGGAGAAGUUCGAAUGUUGACAAAGAUUCGAUCAGAUGGCGAAAACACCGAUGAUUUCGAUAAUAACGUCGCGAUUUUCGUUACGAAAGAGAUGUUGACUUCUUGGAACGAAUCUUCAAAGUCUCUCAUACAGAGCAUGGGAGAAAUUUAAAAUUGCUGAUUUGAUAGAAAGCGCGUCAUAGAAACAUGAACACGAAGAAUGUAUAUUGCAAAUACUGUAAUUGAAGAUGCAACGACGGUGACACAUUCCCGAAUAUUUAUGAUUUGAAAGGACCAUUAAAUACACGAUAAAAAAUAUCAUGAAAGUAUUGUAAAUAAAAUGAUAAUUUUAGAUAAUCAUGUUAUGUGUUGGAUUAUUAUAAGUGUCGUGUAAUUAAGCAUAAAUAAUGUGAUAUGUGCUUGUCAUUAUUAUAUCGCGAUAACCUGUGAUCAUGUAUUACACUAUCUAAAAUAAAUAUAACGAUAACCCAA